AUGAUCCUAGAACCGACAAAUAUCACCAUAGUCAUCAUCGUCACCUCAAACACUACCCCAAGCAUCACAGGAUUGAUUGCCACUACAGCCAGCGCGUCCUACCGUUGUUGUGUCCUUCAGCAGGACACUUCACCCACCCUUCCUGUGAGCAUGUGCUGUGAAAUGUGCUGUGAGUACGUGAUGGUCGCUCCCUCUCAGCCAAUCAUAGUGUCCGUUGGCAGUGAUGUCACUCUGCCCUGUCAGUUGGAGCCUGUUAAAGACCUCAGGAACAUGGUGGUGGAGUGGGCACGACACGACCUGACUCCACGCUACGUCCACAUCCGCCGCGACGGUCUGGACUUCCUCUUGGACCAGAACUCCCUGUACCUGGGCCGCACGUCUCUGUCUGAGAGGCGUCUGCAGCAGGGGGACAUGUCCCUGAGUCUGACCCGAGUCAGGCCCAGUGAUGUGGGCACGUACACCUGCUACAUGCCCCAGACAGACACUGAAGUGGAGGUCACUCUGCUGGUCGUGUCCGUGGCUCCUCCCUCUGUGAGUCUGACCAAAGAGCGCUCGGGGUCUCCUGUGCUGAGGUGUGAGUCCAGGGGCUGGUACCCGGGGCCGGAGCUGGAGUGGCUGGACUCAGAGGGGACGGUUCUGCUCAGGACUGAGGCUCAGAGAGGAGAGAGUGACGAGCUGUUCACUGUGAGCAGCAGACUGAGUGUGGAGCAGAGGCUCGGAAACACGUUCACCUGCAGAGUGAAGCAGCAGGAGAGCGGCCAGAGCAGAGAGGCCCAGCUCAGCAUCGCAGAUGAAUUCCUGGAGGCCUGUUCCUCCUGCUCUGUGGCCUGGGUCCUCUUUGGUUUGGUGCUGUGUCUCACUGCUGCUGCUGCUGCUUUUGCCGUGUGGAAAUUUAAGAUCAACAAAACCAAGAUGAUACAGAACCAACAUAAAGAUUGUGAAGAAGCUGUGGAGAUGCUGAAACCAGAAGAUCAUAAAGAAACUGUGCAAGUGCUGAGAUCUGAAGAGAAAAAACACAGUGGAGACGACAAACUGACUGAAUACCAGGAGCAUUUAGAGAAGAUCAAAGAAGAGUUAAAUUCUGUUGAAGAGUUCAGUGAAGAGCUAACAGGGACAAAGGACUUUCUAAUGAAGCUCAAAGACAAAAUAAAUCAACAUAUUUACCAACUCAGGACUGACAUUACGAAGAAGGAGAAUACAAAAUUUGAGAAAGACAAAAAAGAUACAAUUCAGAAAAUGAAGAAAAAAAUGGGAGAGUUUGAAGGCAUCAUUAAGGACCUUGACUCAGAAAUGUGUAAAAUUGAUAAGCUCCUUCGGAAAACCAUUGAGAAGAAAGGGAAGCUGGAGGGAGACGUAAAGCAUUUCACAAAACUGGAGGCAAUAGAAAAGAAGAAAGAGAAGAAGAAAGAGGAAAUCAGGACUCAGGCUCAUGGUGACAAACCCGAUGAGGGGGAUAAUAUAAACCACAAUUCUCAAAGAGCAGUAAACCCUCAGAAUCAGACAGAGGUGAUGCAGCUGCAGGAGACAGAAGCAGGAAGAACAGGAUCCACAAACACAGAUGAACAGGACACUUCUGCCAGUUCUAUGAGAGCAGAGAAAUGUGACCUGUCAAACUAAACAACAAAAAGUAAAAAACAAACAAAAAAAUUGAAAUAUCUUUUUUUCUUUUGAUGACUGAAGAGAUUUGUCAUUUGAACACAAGUUCCUUCAGCCACUUCCUACGAUGUUGACAGGGGAACACUGACUCCAGCUGCUGUCCAGGCAAGAGUAAGUGAAUAAUAAUUAUAAUAAAAAUAAUAAUGCAAAA